CCUCAUGUUCUCUUUCUCUCUCUAAUUUCUCUCUCCUACGAAAUCAUCCUGCUUGCCUGUUUGGCUUCGUUUUCUCUUUCUUCCUCCCCCUCUCUUCUCUUUUUCUUUUUUUCUUUUUUCUUUUUCCUCCCUGCUCUUUUUAUCUAUCAGCCCCUUCGUCUUGCACUGCCAUUACGACCCAAUAAAACCCUAAUCCACCACGCUUCACUGUGCAGGGAAAUUUUGAGAGAGAGGAGUUUGUUUCUUUCUUUUCCUUUUCUUUUAUUAUUUUUUCCGGUUUUCUGAUUGUGUCUGUUGAGCAAGUACGAAUUGGGAUAUAUGUCCGUCAAUCAAUCAAGGUCCGAUAAGAGCGACAAUCAUUACCGUAAAUCCGGGCGAUCAGGGAGCUUCCAUCAGCAGCGAGGUUCCUCAGGCACGUACGUUAAGGGCGGUGGCGGCGGGCCCGCGCCUUCUCCCGGGAUCACUUCGGGUUCCUCACAGCCCUCUAAUCGGAGUUUUAAGAGGUCUAAUAAUCCACAUGGUGGGCAAUCUAGGGUAAACCCUCCCCCUGUGAAUUCAGCCGAGUCUAAUAGUGCUUCUACAGGCCGGACGAUACCAAAUGGCGCUCAUUUACAACAAUCACCUGGAGCCUCUGAUGCGCCAGGUACAAAUGCAGCUGCCAAGUCAUCUGAAGCCUCAUCUGUACAGAAGAGCUUCAGAGUUGUUCCAAAGGCUCCAGCUCCUCGACCUACCACCAUAAAUUCUGAUACAGCAGCUCCUACAACCCCUACCAAGGCCCCUGGAGAUUCAUCCAAGCCAUUUGCUUUUCAAUUUGGGUCCAUUAGCCCCGGUUUCAUGAAUGGGAUUUCAGUUCCUGCACGCACAAGCUCAGCUCCUCCAAAUUUGGAUGAGCAGAAAAGAGGCCAGGCUCGUCAUGAUUCUUUUAGAUCUGCACCUUCAGCGCCAACACCUCCACAACAGCUACCACCACGGAAUGAUGGUGGUGUUACUGACCAAUGUAAUGCUGGGGAAGCUCAUUCAGUGAACAAGGUGAAAAAGGAGGAGCAGGCAUCAGCUUUGCCCCCAUCAAGCCAGGUGCAAAAGCCAUCUGUUGCCAUGACUGGGAUUUCAACAGCAAUGCCAUAUCAUCACCAAUCACAGGCACCUGUACAGUUUGGUGGUCCUAACCCACAGAUUCUAUCUCAGGGAAUGUCAGCAGCAUCUCUUCAGAUGCCUAUACCAAUGCAUUUACCUAUGGGAAAUGUUGCACAAGUACAACAACAGGUUUUUGUUCCAGGUCUUCAACCUCUGCCUAUUCAUCCACAGGGAAUUAUGCAUCAAGGCCAAAACUUAAGUUUCAGUUCUCAAAUGAGUCCUCAAUUGCCCCAUCAGUUAGGUAGCAUGGGUGUUAACCUGAACCCACAAUAUCCCAUGCAGCAAGGUGGAAAAUUUGCUGGUCCCCGCAAAACUACCACUGUCAAGAUUACUCAUCCUGAGACACAUGAAGAGCUGAGGCUGGAUUUUGAGAAAAAGGAAGAUUCACAUUCAGAUGGCACCUCAUCAAGUGUCAGGUCUUAUCCUAGUAUUCCUUCUCAGCCUCAACCUGUUCAGUCAUUUGCCACUUCUCAUCCCUUAAACUAUUAUCCAUCUAGCACUUACAGUAGCAGCUCUCUUUAUUUUCCACCUACUUCUGUUCCUUUACCAAGCAGCCAUAUAACUCCUAAUUCUCAGCAACCAAGAUUUAAUUAUCCAGUCAAUCCAGGCCCCCAAAAUGCAGGUUUUAACAAUCAAUUAUCUAUUGGUUCCUUUCCUGUUAAUAAAACUGGUGCUUCUGUUCAUGGCCUCGGGGAAACACCAAAUCUGGAACAUUCUCGUGGCGUGCAGAAAGGGAUUUCAUCAACUAUAUCUGGACUAACUCAUGCUGGCAUCAAACCAAGUGGGACCUCUGGUGUUAAAGCAAGUGAAUCUCCUAGCUCUUUAGGGGCAUCUAUUGAUGUUGGCUUGACUCAGAAAGGGUCUGAUAAUUGUUCUGAGACAUUGUUACAUCAGUCUAAAUCAUCUAGCGAUUCUUUUGCUGCAAGGUCAUUGCCAAAACAACCUGCUGCAGGGCCUGCUGAGAAGCUGGCAUCUACUCCCUUGAUGCCUUCUCCAGCUUCUUUGAGUGACAAUUCUGCCUCAGAUUUGUCCAACAAUGAAGGAAGAAGGAAUGAAUCUCUUAGCAGGUCAAACUCUAUGAAAGAUAAUCAAAAGAAAACAGGGAGGAGAGGGGAAUCUUCGCAUCAGGUUCCUGUGCUAUCUCCUGCUGUGGUUAGUGUACCUUCUCAAUCUGUUGAUAGUGCUAUGCCUGAUCGUGAAAUUUCUGAUACUGUGGGAAAUAAAACAAAGCCUUGUGCAGCAAUAACCACUGAAGAUAUCUCUAGCACACCAGAGGCGUUAUCAGUUACAGCUAACAGUGGUAUUGUUCCUGAUGCCAAUGAAAUGAACAUUGACCCUUCUGCUGAAAAUUUUGUUUGCAUUCCAGCUGAAGGAGUUGGUGCUUCAGCUGUUGAUGGCUUGGAAAAUCAUGAGCAUGAGAAGCUAGAGGAAUCAUCACAGCAGGAUAAACCGGAAAAGAUGGAUGUUUUUGAAAUGGGUAAUAAAAAUGAUGGAUCUGAAGUAUUUAAACAAAAAGGUGAUGGUGAUGGGAUGAAAUUUGAAGAAAGAAAACAAGGCGCAGCAAAGGAAUUGCAAGAUGUACAACAGAGACCGGAAUUGCAGGAUGAAUCUACAGAUUGUAGAUCAGCAUGUGAGAUGACAAGCGAUAGUUUAGGUGUGUCUACCGCAGAUGAUUUGGAUUCUAGAGAUAUCUCUUUAAAUAGAAAUGAUAGUACAGUUAGUAAUGAAUCUAUUUCUGCAUCUGAUAACAAGGAUUGUUCAGAGAAUGCUGAGAGUGGCUCAGUUUCCCUUCCAACAUCAUUUAACAAGGAUAGACCUAUUUUGGAGCCAAACAAGGUGAAAACUAUAGCCAAAGGAAAGAAGAAAAGAAAGGAGACCCUUCAGAAAGCAGAUGCUGCUGGGUCAACUUCUGAUCUUUAUAAUGCAUACAAGAGACCUGAGGAAAAGAAAGAAGUUGUGAGUACAGAGAGCAAAGAAAUUACUUCUCCGAGAAGGUUAAAGCAGUUGCCUAAUGAGGCUGCUCAAUCAGAUGCUAUUGCAACUGUGAAAGAUGGACAUGACAAUGCUGAGCCUGAUGACUGGGAGGAUGCUGCUGACAUGUCUUCCCCAAAAUUAGAAGUUGUGGGUACAACUCAACAGGUCAGUGAUGGGAGUGAACUUACAGCGAAAAAAUACUCCAGAGAUUUCCUUUUGAAAUUUGAAGAGCAAUAUGUUGAUCUUCCUGAGGGCUUUGAAAUUACAGCAGACAUUGCUGAGGCUCUGAUGAAUUCAAAUGUUACUGGUUCUCAUGUUGAACGUGACUCACAUCUUAGUCCAGGAAGAAUUAUGGAUAGGUCUGGUGGGAUGUCUCGAAUGGACCGACACGGGUCUGGGCGUUUUGAAGAAGACCGGUGGGGUAAAAUCCCUGGACCUUUUAAUUCAGGACGUGACAUUCGUAUGGAUGGCUUUGGAGGUAAUGCUGGAUUUCGACCUGGUCAAGGAGGCAAUUUUGGUGUUUUGAGGAACCCCCGUGCGCAGGCACCUCUGCAGUAUGCUGGAGGAAUCCUUUCUGGACCGAUGCAGUCAAUGGGAAAUCAGGGAGUUACGCAAAAGAAUAGCCCUGAUGGUGAGAGGUGGCAACGAGCAACUAACUUCCAGCAGAGGGGUUUAAUUCCGUCUCCUCAAACCCCACUUCAGGUGAUGCACAAGGCUGAGAGAAAGUAUGAGGUGGGUAAGGUGACAGAUGAGGAACAAGCAAAGCAGAGGCAGUUGAAGGCCAUUCUGAACAAGUUAACUCCUCAGAAUUUUGAUAGACUUUUUGAGCAGGUUAAAGCGGUGAAUAUUGACAAUACUGACACGCUUAAUGGUGUAAUCUCUCAAAUAUUUGAGAAAGCUCUAAUGGAGCCAACCUUCUGUGAAAUGUAUGCCAAUUUCUGCCUACAUCUAGCUGCUGUGUUGCCAGAUUUUGGUGAAGACAAUGAAAAGAUAACUUUUAAGAGAUUAUUGUUAAACAAGUGCCAAGAGGAAUUUGAGAGGGGUGAAAGAGAGCAAGAAGAAGCUAAUAAGAAUGAUGAGGGUGAGGUCAAGCAGUCUGCUGAAGAGAGGGAAGAGAAACGAAUUAAGGCAAGAAGGCGCAUGUUAGGUAAUAUAAGAUUGAUUGGAGAAUUAUAUAAGAAAAAAAUGUUGACAGAGAGGAUAAUGCAUGAGUGCAUCAAGAAGUUACUGGGAUCGUAUGAGGACCCUGAUGAGGAAGAUAUUGAGGCUUUGUGCAAGCUGAUGAGUACUAUUGGGGAGAUAAUUGAUCAUCCCAAAGCCAAGGAACACAUGGAUGCAUAUUUUGAAAGGAUGAUAUUGUUAUCAAAGAACAUGAAUUUAUCUUCUCGAGUGAGAUUCAUGUUGAAGGAUGCUAUUGAUUUGAGAAAGAAUAGAUGGCAACAGAAACGGAAAGUUGAGGGUCCGAAAAAGAUUGAGGAGGUUCACAGGGAUGCUGCCCAAGAGAGGCAGGCCCAAACUGGUAGGCUAGGACGCGGUCCAGGCAAUGCUGCAUCAUCAAGAAGGAUGCCUAUGGAUUUUAGUCCAAGAGGGUCGUCUAUGUUUUCUCCUACUAACACCCCUAUGGGGCUGCGUGCGCCACAGGUUCGCAGUGGUGGUUCUCAGGAUGUUCGUCAAGACAAUAGACUAUCAUAUGAGGCUAGAAAUUUGUCUGUUACUUUGCCUCAAAGACCUUUAGGUGAUGAUUCAAUAACCUUGGGACCACAAGGUGGUCUUGCAAGAGGAAUGUCCUUUAGAGGGCCAGCUGUGAUUCCAAGUUCUGUUCCUGAUUUGCACCCAGGUGCAGAUUCUCGAAGAAUGACAUCUGUUCUGAAUGGUCAUGGCAAUUCAUCAGAGCGUACUCUGUAUAGCAGUAGAGAAGAUCAAAUGACAAGACAUGGACCAGAUAGAUUUGCUGGUCCAACUGCUCAUGACCAAUCAGCUGUUCAGGAGCGUAAUAUUAAUUAUGGUAAUAGGGAGUCGAGAAAUGCAGACCGGAGUCAAGAGAGACCAGUUGCAACUUUAACUCCUGGAGUUCAAGGAUCUGCUGUCUCUGAGAAUGUGUCGUUGGAGAAGGUUUUGCCAGCAGAACGAUUGCAGGACAUGUCCAUGGCGGCAAUUAAAGAAUACUACAGUGCUAGAGAUGUAAAAGAAGUUGCGCAGUGUGUCAAAGAUUUAAAGUCUCCCAGCUAUCAUCCUUCGAUGAUUUCUUUAUGGGUCACGGACUCCUUUGAGAGAAAGGACACGGAAAGAGAUCUUUUGGCCAAAUUACUAGUGAGCCUUACAAAGUCUCAGGAUGGCACCUUGAGUCAGGCUCAGCUUAUCCAAGGAUUCGAAUCUGUUCUAAGUGAUCUGGAAGAUGCCGUUAAUGAUGCCCCGAGAGCCCCUGAAUUUCUAGGCCGAAUUUUUGCCAGAGUUGUGAUGGAAAACGUUGUCUCUUUGAAAGAGAUCGGCCAACUACUAUCACGUGAAGGCGGAGAGGAGCAAGGCCAGCUCUUAGAAAUUCAACUCGCAGCCGAUGUUCUUGGAAGCACAUUGGAAGCAAUAAAAGUGGAGAAGGGAGACGCUGUCUUGAGUGAGAUUCGGUCAAACUCUAACUUGAGGCUGGAGACUUUCCGGCCACCCCAUCCCAUUAUAUCAAGGAAGUUGGAAAGUUUUAUUUAGGGUAUAGUGAUUGUCAUUGUAUCUUUUGUUGUAGGCUAGAGUUUUUUUCUUCUUUUCUUUGGGGGGAUUAUUUUGUGCUAGUACUACUAGGGUGUUAAUUUGCAGUAAUUAUUUUCUUUAUGGGGUGGUUGGGUAGCCAUAAUUAAUACAUACUGAUCUUUCCAUUGUCUUAAUUUGUAACACCGUCCAAUAUCAUGACUAUUAUGAAAGGUUUAAUUGGGCAUCUCAAAUCCGAGGCUGCUGAAUUCUCUUGCCUGCCUCAUGGAGAGGUUUUAAUUGUUAUUAUUGCCUUGUAUGAUUUAA